GCGGCGGCAGGGUGGCGCCGGCGGGCGGCGAGUGCGCUAUGAGCGACCACCUGCGCGGCGGCGGCGGCGCGCGCUCCGGCGUGGCGUGGCCCGCGCACACUAUCCCCGCCACGCUCAAGGCGCUCGCCUGGGACGACCACAACAAACAGCGACGCAGAGAGUCCGGUGCACGACGCGACCAACCGCGCGGUCGCCGAGCACAUGAACCUCACCGUGUACUUCUGAACCCACGAUCUGAUCUGACAAACAAUGACGAUAAUGAAAUAUCUGAUACAAACAACAACCUCAUCUUGGACGAGUAUUUGAAAGCCAACAUCAUGCCAAUGUAUCCACUGCCAAUGAAAUAUUUAACGAACCAUAACUUGACUGACAAUGUUAAGCUUACAAAGAUUGUUAAUACCGAUUUUGCAGACGAUAAUCAAACUAGUUUAAGUAAAGAAUAUUGUAAUCCAAUUGAAGCUAUAAAUUAUUGCUUCCCAUUACAGAAUUAUAAUCAGAGGAAACUUUCUGAUAGUGAAUGUAAGCCCGUGACGUCAUACGCUUUGCCAUCCCAUAAUGGGAAUGCAAAUAGUGGUGAAAUUAUUAGAAAAGGAAUUCUUUCAGAAACUACACAUAUUUUGAAAUCAAAAGACUAUGCUAUGGCAGAAAGCCUUCCUACUGUCACAAAGAGCUCAUUAAAAGCAAGAUAUGAAGUUGAAGAAAAAAUCAAAACCAAACCUAGAACAAACAGCCACAACGUUCAUUUUGCAUUAGAAGAAAAUAAUAAAAGCUCUAACGAUUCUAUGGUCCACAGCAACAAAGUUAUUUAUAAAUUUGCACCCACCAGUAGUAGUAGUACACUCUCCUCUAAAAGUAGGCCUACAAAUGGAAAUCAAUCAAAUAGUAAUAAAUCAAUGCCACUUAUUUCUAGUCCGAGCCACAACUAUAAUAUGUCAAUGGAUAAAAUAGAAUUAUCAAAACCUAAAACAGCACCAAAUUCUGUAGAUUAUUUUCCAAUCGAGAAAUCCUAUGGGAGUGUUCCCAUCGUCCCACACGACACAGGGUACAGCAAACCCAUCGCCCCAAUAUUGUACGACGUGGCCGGACCGGUCCUGGGCAUGAUGUACCACGACCCGCCUCCUGCCUACGCGACUAUAAACCCUAGGAAGCUGCACAAACAUCAUGUCAGACCCGCUGUAUUCACGAGAACUGGAUUAGAUCCGAGAUUCCAGAUGAUAUAAUAUAAACUCAACUUCUUUACUUGCAAACUUUACCAAGAACUACAGAUCCAAAGAAAUAUAUAAAUCGUAAUUUGAUAAUUGUACAGUUGUCCACCGACCUAGCUAAGAGUAAUUUCGGUGGCAUGACACAAAACGCAUGUACGACAAUCCAAUUAAGCUAUCUUUGUGUUCUGAUCCAUGCGAUGUUAUUUAUAUCUUCAGGUGUAUGGUGCAUUAGUAUGGGAUCGCUCGCUGCUCAUGACUUUAUUAAAUACAAAGACUUCUUAACUUAAGAAGUUGGAGUUCAUGAAACUAAGUUUCGGUUCUUUACAGAUAUGAUGACUACUAUCUGAUCACGAUACUCUGGUUACUGAGAGCUGUCGAAUAGAACCGGUCGCUAUCGACAAAUAAACAUUAGUUCUCAUCAAUCAGCCCGGUAUGCACCCCUUACGCAGGCGGAAUACUUAUCUUACUUUUAAUUUAACGGCAUACUUUAUCAUGCCAGUCUGAUUAGUUAAUGAGUUGAUAAUGUGUUUAAUUACCAAAUGAAAUAGUCAUAGAUUAGAAUACGCAAGGCUUAUUUUAAAAAAAUGUAUAUGUUAUAUAUUAUACUAUUAUAAUACACACUUGGUGGUGGCGUCACGGGUUCCGGUAAUUUCAUGUAAAAUCAAAAUUAUAUCUAAAAGUAAGUGACUACUAAUAAAUCACUUUUAUUCUCAUGGAAAGCGACAAAUUAUAGUGAAAGAAAAUUGUAAAUGAAAUGCUUAAAUUAUACAUAUACAUACAUACGUAUGAUAACGAUAAUGGGAUUUAUAAUUAUGUACCGUACCUUUCUACUGAGACCUACCCAAAUUUUAAAUAGGUGCAGUAUACCAAAUAUUUAUAACAGCGUAAGUUAAAAACUUAAGUUACGAGAAUUAAUACAUAGUGUUAUCUAUAUAUUAUGAUGGUAAAUUAGGCUGUUUCAAGUUAUGAAGAAUACAAAGUUAACAGUGAAAUGAGAUAAGUUUAGUAUGUACAAUAAUAUAGAUCUAGAAGACAAACGUGCUAAAUGCAAAAUAUAAGGAGGGGGAGUUUUAAUUGCAAAUAAAUAUAAUUUGCGCUAUUGGCGUAAGCAAUAGCAUAACGAUAACAUUAACUCUUAUUUCAGCACUGUUAUUGAAAAGAAAUCAAGAUAAAGGCAAAAAAAUUUAGCUGAUUUCCUCUUCUAUUUACCAACCGGUUUUUUAGUUCUUUUUUUAAUGAACUUUGUGUUAUCAAUGAAAAAGGAAAAUAGUAUUGGGCGAACACUAGAUUUAGUGAAUGAAUAUAAUUUCCGAUUGACUUUAGGACAUACCCUUUUGCACCCGACAAACAUAAUGAAAUCGUCUCUUUUCUAUUAUAAAGCAAUUCCAAAUUUAUAGCACAUCGUAAGAAUCUUUCAACUAGUGUGCGCGCACAAAGCGACGAUGCAUGCAGUAUUUGUUUAUUAAUGAUAAGUCUGGAUUUUAUUAACUCACCUUAAUACACAGAAUCACGUAGAAAUAUUCUGUGUUAUAAAUGUCAAAGAUUAAUUUUAAAUGUUAUCGUUAAAAUAUGUUAGGGUCGCGACGAUUGCACCCGAUUCCCGUGGAGCCAGGUUGUUGAACGACUUAUGUUCCUGUUCAAAUGCAACUUUAAAAUAAACAUGCAGUGUGCGUUAUUGCUUGCUUCGCUAGAAGUAAUAGUGUUCUGUGGCUAAGAUGUUCGGUUGUAUUACAUCAAACAACUAGUGUCCUGGAACAUUAGGAAUCCUGUGGUCAGCACGUUUGUAAUUGAUGUCAACAAUAGAUUCAGUUUAAUAAAACGUUAAUUGACGGAAGUUAAAGAUUUUACCUCUUAACUUUAAUUUUCGUGUCGAUAUUAUCUAACGCUAGAAUUAUAAUACAUAAAUAUAUAAGAAAUGUUUUGAACUAAUUUAUGUUUGCUAGUUUGUUAGUAUUAUUUAUUAGUUUUUAACCUUAUCUAGUUAAAGCAACAAUGUUA